ACUCAAGCAGAUCAGUGUCGGUAUGUAGUGGGAAGCAUACUGUGUGAAAAUGAAGAGAAACCUGACGAAGAGCUACAGCGUCUGUACGAGAAAUUCGGCUACAAGGUCAUCUCCUUCCCAGAAGUCACCUGUGCCGUAACUUCCUCGUUUCCAAACAGAUGCACUCUGUCCCCCGUCUGUGGUGCUUAUAGAGUCUAUUCUGAACUACAACAGUAUAUAAAGGAAAGGUGUCUGAAUGCGUACCCAUUCCUGGAGAUAUACAAAGGUGAUCUGAUCCAUUACAUGUGUCCUUUGGAGAAUCAGGUGGACUUCUGUGUGCCUGAACUGCUUGAGAAGAAAACAUCUGAUGACACUGAGGAAACAGUGGAGCAUAAAGAUGCUGAUGUCACAGAGUCAGCGGCGGGUGAGCCAGAGGAAAAGUCGAUCCCAGUGAUCCAGGAAGUGGUUGAAGAGAGCAGGGACGUGGUAGAGGCCUCAGCCCCAUUGCUGGAAAGCUCUCAGCCGAGCCUGGGUGAGGAAGAGGGUCAACGUGAAGAUGGGGACCAAGGGGGCAAGGGGUCCAGUGAGUCUGUAGGCAGUGGCUCUUCCUUUGAAGAGCUGGACGUGGAAGUGGAAGAGGAGAAGGGGGAGAAGAAAAACAAAGUAGAGGAGGAAGACCAUAAUGGACAGCAGAAGCCUGUGAUGGGAGAAACAAUCGGGAACAGGGAGGAGUGAAGGAUAAAGGAGAUUAGAGGGAAUGUGUGUGAAUGAUGAGCGCAUAUGUGAGUGCGGGUGCAUGUGUGAGAGGGAGAAAGUUUGUCUGUGUCUUUGAAAUCAUCAAAGGCUUUUUUUUCUAAGUCUUUGAAAUUAACAUCCCUAAAUACCCGAAAAGUUACUUCUUUGUUAUCAGCAAACAAGCAAUUAUCUCUUUCAGAACCUUUUAUUAAGACUUAAUGAAAUGCACAUUAUUCUUUGGCUUUGUAUUUAUUUCCGAGAAAACUAAUUGUAUAUGUUGCUGUCUUCCCACGGUAAUCAUAAACUACAUUCAGGCAGCAAGUAAAUCAGGCACAUUCUGAAAAUGAGGUAAAACUGUUAAUGCAACUAAAUGGGGCUUAAUCAGACAUUUUAUUUCAUUAACAUUUUCUACAGCUUAACUGUUCAGUAGUGUUUGCUUCAAAACAUGAAUAAUUCAUUCCAAAUGCAGUCUGUUGCUGUAGAAUAGAACUGAAAAAGAGUGAGAAUAAAGUGCAUGUUGUUAAUGAUUGGAGUUUGUUAAUGUGACUAUUUUUGUGCCUCCUGCAUGCAAUUGAUUUAUUGUUUUUUUAUCAAAUAAAAAAUCAAUACAAACAAAGAAAUUAAGUAUACAGGAAAUAUUCAAGUAAAUCAGUAUAUUUUCUCUUUUUUCCCCAUGUAUUUUUCUAUUUUUCUGUCAUUUUUCAUAACCUAAUUAGGAGAGAAACAGGGUUUUCAGCAUGAGGAACGUUGUUUGUUUUGGAUUAUAUUUUUCUUACUGUAUCAGAAUGUUGUAUCAUACUGCUAUUUCAUCUUUUGAUACUGACAAUUACUCAUGUUCAGCAGGUCAUUUGAUCAGUCUUUUACAUUGUGAUUCUGCAAGAAAGUAUAAAGUAUGUGU